CACAGCUGCUGUGACCGAUGAGGUUGCUGUCACUACUCCAGCUCCUGUGACUGGCGAAGUGACCAUCAGCACGGCAGCUGGAGAAGCUCCCGGUAGAGACAAGGAUGAUUCUGAUUCUACCACCCAGGUCGCUACGGAGGCUGCGACUGUCACGACUACGAUCGAUGCUCCUGUUGAGCCUACUACUGUAACGUCCCCUCUGCCAGUCAGCACAGCUGCUGUGACCGAUGAGGUUGCUGUCACUACUCCAGCUCCUGUGACUGGCGAAGUGACCAUCAGCACGGCAGCUGGGGAAGCUCCCGGUAGAGACAAGGAUGAUUCUGAUUCUACCACCCAGGUCCCUACGGAGGCUGCGACUGUCACGACUACGAUCGAUGCUCCUGUUGAGCCUACUACUGUAACGUCCCCUCUGCCAGUCAGCACAGCUGCUGUGACCGAUGAGGUUGCUGUCACUACUCCAGCUCCUGUGACUGGCGAAGUGACCAUCAGCACGGCAGCUGGGGAAGCUCCGGGCAGAGACAAGGAUGAUUCUGAUGCUACCACCCAGGUCGCGACUGAGACUGCGACUAUCACUACUACGAUCAGUGUUUCUGUUGAGCCUACUACUAUAACGUCCCCUCUACCGGUCAGCACAGCUGCUGUGACCGAUGAGGUUGCUGUCACUACUCCAGCUCCUGUGACUGGCGAAUUGACCAUCAGCACGGCAGCUGGAGAAGCUCCCGGUAGAGACAAGGAUGAUUCUGAUUCUACCUCCCAGGUCGCUACGGAGGCUGCGACUGUCACGACUACGAUCGAUGCUCCUGUUGAGCCUACUACUGUAACGUCCCCUCUGCCG